GAGGCGCGUUGUGCUAGAAAAAUACCUCAUAUAGAUAGCAGAACAGCCCCAAGCAGACCGAACAUUUCAAACAAAAAUACAAAACUCUCUGGAACUCAAGUUCUUCAACUCAGCAUCGCAUCGCAUCGCAUCGCAUCGCAACGCAUCGCCCAAAACAAAAACAUCCCAUACCAAAACCAAAAGUUACAAAAACAUACUGAAAAAACUCACAAUAUACUACAAAUAUAAAAUAACUCUUUUUUUGAUUGUGCUUCUAAGUGUUGUGCUAAAACUAUAUUAACUUGUAUAAAUAUAUAUAUAUAUUUAAAAGUAUUCAAAGAUAUUCAAAAGUAUUUAACUUAUAUUUUUAAAAUAUCAACCUAAAAGUUAAGAAGCAAGAAACUCAUAACUAAAAGUUAAAAAACCAAAGCAGACAAUAUUCAGAACAAGUAUAUUUCAAGUUUUCGUGCGUUUUUGAAUCCUAACUGUUAACGUGUAAACGCACAAAAAUGUGCACGAAAUUUUCAUUGGACUCGAACGACUGAAAAGUGCGUUCCAUUGAAAAGAAAAACUGAAUGCGAAACGUGCGAAACUUUUGAUUAAUUAAAAGUAAAACAAAAAGCCGAGAGCCAACCAACAACUGACUUCUGGCGUACCACAAAAAAAAAACACACAACGAGAGUCCUGAAACUCACCCAUCAGCAGAAAAAAAACUUCUCCUCCAGGAAGCUAAGCAUAAAAAAAAAACUCACCCAUCAACAGAAAAAAACUUCUCCUCCAGGAAGCUAAGCAUAAAAAAAAAAAAAAAAACCAGAUAGAAAAAAAAAAAACUUUGACAGAACAUUAACAUCGAAAUGGAAUUGGCCAUCAGAUUUGUCAAUCCGCAGUUAGCUCGCAACAACUACAACUACAACAGCAACAUUCACACCAGCAAUAGCCAACAACUAAUCACCAGCAGUAACUACAACAGCAACAAUUGCAACAUCAACAAUUGCAACAUCAGCUACAACGACGAGAACAUCAAUCCCAACAUCAAUAGUGACAACAAUAUAACAACGAUUAGACCAGCACAAAGUGCAACAACCACCGGCAACAACCAAUCAGCAGCAGCAGCAACAGCAGCAGCAGCAGCACUUACUUGCAACAACAACUUUGGAUCGGCAACAACUAAGCGAAAUGCAGCAGCAACAUCAACCAUCCAUCGAUCAGCUGACCGAGCCCAUUGCUUCGACCAGCGCUGCGGCAGCAAUUAGACAGGCGGCUGCAACAGCAACACCAGCAACAACAUCGUCAACAAGCACCAACUUCCACCAGCAACUGCAAGCAACAACAGCAGCAACCAUGCAACGUCUGCGUACAACAUUCACGCGAUCGCGCACUCCCACAGGUGCCGAGAUGAAGAUGCAGAACAGCCUAGAGGUGCCCAAGCAGGUGCGCUCAGCAUCCUUCGACGAGAUGCAACUGGAGUCGCAACGGGCCUCCUCCAGCCUGCUCAAGCAGCAAUCCUCAUCUUCGGCUUCGGCAGACGAACGCUCCUCGGAAGCCGGCUUCUUGCAGGUUCCCUUGGCGGCCCACCAACAGCGAUCCCAUAGCUUCGACUCGGCAACUGCCUCGGGAGGCAGCGAUGAUUCCGGCACCUUUUUGGAGGUGCCAAGGCGGCUUAAGGUUCGCCGCACUUCGUCCACCAAGACACCGCCGCCGUGCAUCCAUUGUCACUAUCUAGAGGAGUACGAGCGCCGGAUGACGGCCGACCAGCGCUACUUUAUCGAUCAUCGCGAGCUGACGGCCCUCAGCUACAGCAACACCAGCUCGGAGGCCAGCGAGGACGAGGACGAGGAGGAGGAAGAAGGGGAGGGUAGUACGGCCAUUGAGGAUGCCGAGGAGGAGAUCACCGAGGCGGCCAACGAGGAGGCGGACGAAGAUCCCCGCACCGAGGUGGAGUCCGAGCACGAUCACGAUCCGGAUGAUGAUGCCGCUCUCGAGAUGGACAUACGCAUUGGCAACAUGAGCAGCCAGGGGAGCAGCAUCGAGGAGUCGCGUGCCCGUCUGCCACGCCAAAUGAGACGCCACACCAUCGGCAGCAGCUCGGUGACCUCGGCCUCCGAGGAUGAGGGCUUGGAGGGAUCGGACAAUGGAUCGCCCCACUUUGGCAACACCUUGUUGCCACCACAGCCGGCCACACCGUGCGGCAUAACCUUUACGCUGAGUCCAACCAACGGGGAUUAUCCAUCACCACCGCAUCUCCCACUGGAUCCGGGCUCGCCGCCCAUGUCACCAUGCUCCUCCCACUCGGGACGAAUGCCAGCUCUGGCCCCGAUCAUUUCGACACCAUGUUCCUCCGCCGAUGCUGAGGAUGCCGGGGCCGCCAUGGGUCUACCGGUGCGGGCCAGACGUCGAUCGAUUUCGCGACAGGAGGCGAUCUUUGUGGAGCCCACCGGCAACUCACUGGAGAAUGUCUCGCACGAGGAGGUGGACAACAGCAACACCAACACCAAGUCAUCGGUGGAUACGGCUGAUUCGCUGGAAGAGGCUUCGACCAUGGCCACUUGCGGAUCCCCAGGAGCCGUUGGUGGGGUAGGAGCAUCAUCCUCGAGUCAUCAUAACGCCUUCGUGGUGCGGGAUAUCUAUCUAAUGGUGCCGGACUUGAAGCGAGAUCGCGCCGCUUCCGUGGAUUCAUGCUUCUCCAAGCUGUCGUCGAACGCCAAAACGGAGGAGCUGCAGCCUAGUGCCGACGGGUGCUUCCUGACUGUGCCGAACAUCAAUGCCACCAGGUCGCGAUCCGUGGACAUCGUUCUACCAACCGACGAGCAGGCCAGGUACAAGGCCUUGUCCAUGACCGGAUCCACCGUCACUUACGCAGAUGGGCGUACCGCUUCCGCCAGCAAUUCCCGGCGACCCAUUAGGAUUGUGCCCGACUGGACUGAGAAUGCGGUGCAGGGCGAGCACUACUGGAAGCCCACCUCGGCCUCCGGCGAUCUUUGCUGCCUGAACGAGGAGUGCAUUAAAAGCGGUCAGCGGAUGAAGUGCUCCGCCUGCCAGCUGGUUGCGCACCACAACUGCAUUCCGUUCGUGAACGAGAAGAGCACCCUGGCCUGCAAACCGACCUACCGGGACGUGGGCAUCCGGCAGUACCGGGAGCAGACCACCACCCACCACCACUGGGUGCACCGCAAGCUGGAGAAGGGCAAGUGCAAGCAGUGCGGCAAGUUCUUUCCUAUGAAGCAGGCGGUGCAAAGCAAGCUUUUUGGGUCGAAGGAGAUUGUGGCGUUGGCCUGUGCCUGGUGCCACGAGGUCUACCACAACAAGGAGGCCUGUUUUAACCAGUCCAAAAUCGGCGAGGAGUGCCGUCUGGGCAACUAUGCGCCCAUCAUUGUGCCGCCUUCGUGGAUUGUAAAGCUGCCGACCAAGGGCAACUUCAAGUCCUCGAUACGCGUGAGCAACAAGAACAAUGCCGCCUCCGGGUCAGGGGGCGGGGCAGGUGGCUCCGGGGGCGGUGGGGCUGGAGGCGGAGGCGGGGGCGGAGGCAAGAGCAAGAAGCAGACGCAGCGCCGCCAGAAGGGCAAGGAGGAAAAGAAGGAGCCGCGGGCGUUCAUUGUGAAGCCCAUUCCGUCGCCGGAGGUAAUCCCGGUCAUUGUGUUUAUUAAUCCGAAGUCAGGCGGCAAUCAGGGCCACAAGCUGUUGGGCAAGUUCCAGCAUCUGCUCAAUCCGCGCCAGGUGUUCGAUCUUACGCAGGGCGGCCCAAAAAUGGGCCUGGACAUGUUCCGGAAGGCGCCCAAUUUGAGGGUUCUGGCGUGCGGAGGCGACGGCACCGUCGGCUGGGUCCUUUCCGUCCUGGACCAGAUCCAACCGCCACUCCAACCAGUUCCGGCAGUCGGUGUCCUUCCUUUGGGCACCGGAAAUGAUCUCGCCCGCGCCCUCGGAUGGGGAGGGUCUAUUUUCUUUCAGGGCUACACGGACGAGCCGAUCGGGAAGGUGCUGAGGGAGAUCGGGAUGUCGCAGUGCGUGCUUAUGGACCGCUGGCGGGUGAAGGUCACGCCCAACGAGGAUGUCACCGAUGACCAUGUGGACCGCAGCAAGCCGAACGUCCCCUUGAACGUCAUCAACAACUACUUCUCCUUCGGCGUGGAUGCCCACAUCGCCCUGGAGUUCCACGAGGCGCGGGAGGCCCAUCCGGAGCGCUUCAACUCGCGGCUGCGCAACAAGAUGUACUACGGCCAGAUGGGCGGCAAGGAUCUGAUCCUGCGACAGUACCGCAACCUCUCCCAGUGGGUCACACUCGAGUGCGACGGCCAGGACUUCACCGGAAAGCUCCGCGACGCCGGCUGCCAUGCCGUCCUCUUCCUCAACAUUCCCAGCUAUGGCGGCGGCACCCACCCAUGGAACGACUCCUUCGGCGCCUCGAAGCCCUCGAUCGACGACGGCCUAAUGGAGGUGGUCGGACUGACCACCUACCAGCUGCCCAUGCUGCAGGCCGGGAUGCACGGCACCUGCAUCUGCCAGUGCCGGAAGGCCCGGAUCAUCACCAAGCGGACCAUUCCGAUGCAGGUGGACGGGGAGGCCUGCCGCGUGAAGCCGUCGGUGAUCGAGAUCGAGUUGCUCAACAAGGCGCUGAUGCUGUCCAAAAGGAAGCACGGACGUGGCGAUGUUCAGGUAAACCCCCUAGAGAAAAUGCAGCUGAACAUCUUGCGCGUCACAAUGCAACAGUACGAGCAGUACCAUUAUGACAAAGAGAUGCUCCGCAAACUGGCCAACAAACUUGGCCAAAUCGAAAUCGAAUCCCAGUGCGAUCUGGAGCAUGUGCGCAACAUGCUCAAUACCAAGUUCGAGGAAUCCAUCUCCUAUCCGAAAGUCUCCCAGGACUGGUGCUUCAUCGACUCCUGCACCGCGGAGCACUACUUCCGCAUCGACCGUGCCCAGGAGCACCUGCACUACAUCUGCGACAUCGCCAUCGACGAGCUGUACAUCCUGGACCACGAGGCGGCCACCAUGCCGCAGACGCCCGACCAGGAGCGCUCCUUCGCGGCCUUCUCGCAGCGGCAGGCGCAGAACGAGAGGCGCCAACUGGACCAGGCCCAGGGCCACGGCCCGGGUAGCACCGAUGAGGAUUUGCAAAUUGGCUCCAAGCCCAUUAAAGUGAUGAAGUGGAAGAGCCCUAUACUGGAGCAAACUUCCGAUGCCAUACUACUAGCAGCCCAGAGCGGCGAUCUCAAUAUGUUACGUGCACUACAUGAACAAGGAUACUCACUACAGUCAGUGAACAAGAACGGACAGACGGCGUUGCACUUCGCCUGCAAAUACAACCACAGGGACAUUGUCAAAUAUAUUAUCGCGAGCGCCACACGACGUCUCAUCAACAUGGCCGACAAGGAGCUUGGACAGACAGCGCUCCACAUUGCCGCCGAGCAGAACCGUCGCGACAUCUGCGUGAUGCUGGUGGCCGCUGGCGCUCAUCUGGACAGCAUGGACUCCGGCGGAAACACGCCCAUGAUGGUGGCCUUCAACAAGAACGCCAACGAGAUAGCCACGUAUUUGGAAAGUAAGCAGGGGACGCAGCCCGUCGACGGCUGGUUUGACGACUAGACGACUGUAGAAUCGCCGCGGGCCCCCUCCAAGUAGAGCAAUCGCUAGACAAGCUUACGCCGUGGGGCUAACUCACGACAAAACCAGACAAAACAAAACCAAACCAAGCAGUGAAACAAAAUUGAUAACCACAAAUACCAGAAUAUCCAUCAGUAAAUCAGUAAUCCAAAAUAAGAACGUAAUUUUAACAUUGCAUAUUUCUCCUUUCUAUGCCAACAAAAACAACCAAAAUGGACAAUGUAUUGUAUAAAAUGCAAUCUAACUAAAAAAAAUCGAACGUUAUCGAUAUCGAAACUGAAAUCGAAAUCGAAAUCGAUAACGAAAUCAACUCAACAUUCCACAAACUCACAUCGGGUUUCCGGUUCCGGUUUCGCUUAGGUCAAGAGCGUUUUAUGCAUCUGGAGGUGCAGACCCGGAUCUAAGUGGAGCAUUCAGCGGAGGCACUCAUCCUACAACAAACAUACAUACAUAAUAAUAAUCAUAAUAACGAUAAUGGCUUUUUUUUGGCAAUUUUUUUUUUGUGUUAGCAUGUACGAGAGAUAUCUAAUUUAAACUAAGCAAAGAAAAUACAUACACAAAAGAACACUCAACACAUUUAGCGCUUAAGAGGACAAUGGUAUGGAAUAAUAACUUAAUUUAUUGUAAAAAAAAGCUAGCGAAACGAAAGGCAACAUUUGUCCGGAAAAAAUUUCAAUUUUUAAUUACCUUACGACAGAACGAACAAAAAAAAUGUUAUUAUUAAAAUGCGGCAAUUGCAAAAGAAAUUCAAAAAUUUAUUUGUUUCUCUUACCGAUUGAUUAACGAUUAAUGAUUAUAUUGUGAUAUCUAAAUUAAUUAAUGUAUUGGACUAGAGAGCGAGAACGAGAGCAAAUAGAAAUUGAUAUUAGCAGAGGGCUUUUGCUGUACUACCAACUAAGCAAAAAAAAAAAGUUGAAAAAAUGAAACAAACAAAAAAACACACACACAGAGACACACUAAGCAAAUAUAUAGCCUAUAUAUUUAAUUAUAUAUUUAAUUCUACCAUAUGUACUUCUUUUGGAAUUCAAUCUAGGCUAAGUGAGAACUUGAAUACUCUUGUCGAAACAAAAAAAAAAAAAGAAAAGAAAGAAAAUGGCAGAGCAGCAGCACGAUUAGAAGAGAGACGCACUAUGCCCUAAGCGGCUAAUGCUAUCUCGCUCAGACACAGACAAACACACACACACACACAUACACAGUCCCGAUGCACAGACUAGGAUGCACAACCCCCAUAGAUAUACCACCCACUUCCACCUCACCCACACCCUCACCCCAAAGAACCCUCAGCGUUUCAAACCGAAAGACUUGGGCCUAUCAAUGGCGUCCCCCCCCAAAAAAACGAGGUCACCUGCCCUCAAAGAACAAAAACUAGACGUUAGGGCAGGGCAGGGACCCACAAAGACUAUCUUUACUAUCCUAUAUAUACUAUAUUCCGUACUCUUUACUCUUUAAUUUUAAACCCUCGUAACACAAAGGAACAAUGAAACACACUCGUAAUAUAGACGCAUGCAUAUUUUAUCAAAUUAAGAGUAACUAUGGAAUACCACAAUAUUAUAUAUAGCCGUUAAUCGAACCAUAUACAUAUGUAUGCUAUGUACAGUAGAGGGCUACCUUUUCUUUAAUUAUUUUCUAUUCUUUCUUUUUGCUUAGAUUCAAAAUUCAAAAUUCCGAAUUAUAUAUAUAAUCACAUUGUCGAGUCAAUUACGUUUACCGCGACCCCAUUAGGAUUUUUCGGCUUAGCUAACUUUAACGAUUAUAGCGAUAAUAAGGAUAGGCGAUAAAUCUCUUUAUCGAUUGAUAAGGCAAGAGCGAGAACGAUAAAGUAUCGAUCACCUUUACGAGGCUUGGCCGAAUGCAGCCCUGUCCCCCCCGUCCAAUCGCAAUCGACUUUGUUCCUGGAAAACCAUGGCUCUGGCUUUCGGAAUAUCGGAUUGGGUUUGGACCCGUGGGGGCCAUCGCCAGCAUUCCACCCAUACCGCCCUAGGAGCCACUUCCGGUCUCGGAGGCGCGCUUCCGGCGUGGGUAAUCAUGUUUUGGAUUGCACACGAAGGAAAAUAGGAAAGGAACAAAAAUACAAAUAAAACAAUAAACGAUAGAAAAACAUAAAAAAGUUAAUUACACACAUCGUAGACUGUCGCAGAUGGUGUUGAAGUGUCUUGAAGUCUAACGAUUUUAGAUCCCGGCAUUGCGGGAUCUCGGGCAUGCAGCCUUUACGCCCCAUAAGACGUGCCACCCAUUGGGCAACCGGAAUCCAAAAUCGUAACACCAAUCUACACCGCCUGCGGCAACUAAUGAAUUCCUCAGCUGCGGUCUAAAAAGUGGUGGUGCCCUCUCGACAAUUAAAAAUUCAUUUUUUUUAAAAUAAUUUUAGUAUUAUAUUACCAUUAACUUGCAAAGUUUAAUUUUAUUUAUUUAAAUUAAAUCUUUAAAAUGUAUUUAUGAAUUUGUAAAUGUAAAUUUUUUAAGUACUAUUAGUAUAUUUUAGAGUUUGUCAUAUUUUUUUUAAAUACAUUUUUCUUUGUGUUGAUAAAAAUACUUCUUUUAGACAUUGAAAUUAGUUUUAAAAAAAGUUAUGUUCAGGAAUUUCUCUGUUUUUCCAUUACAUUUUUAAAACAGUUUUAGAUAAUUUAUUAUUUUUGGUAUUAAAUUGAUUUUCAAAAUUUGAAACACCACCAUAAAUACGGUCGCAGCUGGAAAUCCAUAUGCAGUAGAGCAGAGUUGAGUAAGGAAUAUUUAGCAAAUGACAAUCUAGAGAUUUUAUAGCAACUGAGCCGAGCAGAAGGCCGAUGAGAGUUUGCUAUCCCCCUAAACCAUUCACUAUGAACAGAAACUAUACGACACGAUCCUUCAAACAGUAAUCGAUAGGAAAUUGAAACUCUGAAACGUUUUGGUUAGUUUUCGCAACUUGCUAUAUACACAAAGCUUCAAAAUGAAAUUGUAGUUGAAGGAUUUAUGCGGGAAUAGGUUAGUGUUAAUCGAGGAGAGCGCUAUCUAUCGAUCUAGACGGGCUAAAUGCUAAAUGAUGAAUGGUGGAUGAUGAUGAUGAAUACUGAAUACAAAAUACUAAAUACUGAGGGCUAAAAUGCAGAAAAUGCUAGAAAAUGGCGGGCAAAGUGCUUUAAUGCACCGAUGCACAGCUGUUCGGAGAACAACCGGGUCCAAGCCAAAACUAUGGAUAUAUUUUCGUGCAUUUUGUAGAAGUUGAGUACCCACAAGACACUAAAACACAAGGACACACCUCACAGGACACCACACACAGAUACAAAACAGAGGACACUAAACAUUAAGUGGAGGCAAUUACUGCAUGAUGUGUAUAUAGAAACAACAUAGAUGCUAUAUAUAUAUAUAUACAGACAUACAUAUAUAGUAUAUAUAUUUUUUUCGAAUCGUUUAAGUGAAACUUUUGAACAAAAUAUGGAAAAUGAAACGCAAGUCUUAUGAAAUUCUAGCAAGUAAGGCAAACCAAAAUUGUAAAGGUCAAGAUACACAGAUAUGGACGGCGGAACGAUAUACCUAAAACAAUGCCUAACUGUACGAUAGUAAGCAUACUAUAUACAUAUAUAUAUUGAUAACGUAAUAAAGCGGAAUUUAUGUGUGUGCAAGUAA